UGUCCCAGCGCUUCCUGUUCCCAACCACGUGGGCAGCGGGAUGGCGGGCGGCGCGGCGGGCGAGGCGCAGUGCCUCAGCUACACGGGAUGCAACUUCCUGCGGCAGCGCCUGGUGCUGGCCACGCUCAGCGGGCGCCCGCUGAAGAUCCGCAAGAUCCGUGCCAAGGAGGAGGACCCAGGCCUCCGCGAUUUUGAAGCAAGUUUUAUUCGCCUGAUUGACAAAGUGACCAAUGGCUCACGGAUUGAAAUAAACCAAACAGGUACUACCUUGUAUUAUCAGCCUGGUCUUCUGUAUGGAGGCUCAUUGGAACAUGACUGCAGCCCCAGCCGUGGGAUUGGCUACUACUUGGAGAGUCUGCUCUGCUUGGCACCUUUCAUGAAGCAUCCAUUGAAGAUUGUCUUGAGAGGAGUAACAAAUGAUCAAGUAGAUCCUUCGGUUGAUGUCCUUAAGGCAACAGCUCUACCCCUUCUGAAGAAAUUUGGAAUUGAUGGUGAAAGUCUGGAAAUCAAGAUCAACCGAAGAGGAAUGCCUCCCAAAGGGGGUGGAGAGAUACUGUUUUCUUGCCCAGUGAAAAAGGUCUUGCAGCCUGUUCAGUUCACAGACCCUGGAAAAAUCAAGCGCAUCAGAGGAACUGCAUACUCUGUCCGAGUGUCACCACAGAUGGCAAACAGAAUGGUGGAAUCUGCAAGAGGCAUUCUGAAUAAAUUCCUUCCAGACAUCUAUAUCUACACAGACCAUAUGAAGGGGGCCAACUCUGGAAAAUCACCAGGUUUUGGCAUGUGCCUUACUGCAGAAACCAUCAAUGGCACUAUUCUCAGUGCUGAGCUAGCCUCAAACCCUCAGGGCCAGGGGGCAGCUGUGCUUCCUGAGGAACUGGGCCAGAAUUGUGCUAAGCUGCUGCUUGAGGAGGUCUACAGAGGCGGCUGUGUAGAUUCAACAAAUCAGAGCCUUGCUCUGCUCCUUAUGACCCUUGGACAGCGGGAUGUUUCCAAAGUCCUGUUGGGACCUCUGUCUCCAUACACAAUUGAGUUUCUGCGACACCUCAGAAGCUUCUUCCAGAUCAUGUUUAAAAUUGAAACAAAGACCGCUGAGGAAGAGCACAUGGGUGGGGAGAAAGUCUUAAUGACCUGUGUUGGCAUUGGAUUUUGCAACCUCAGUAAAACUAUAAGAUAAAAAACAUCUACAGACUCUGUGAAAGACAGAAAAUGCUGCAAAGAUCUAAUAAACCCUACCUGUCUCUGUACUUACUCUGGCAUAGGGAGACCUGUGAUGAUUCCACUGCGGGGUUACCCAAGCUCACUGCAUGUAAACAAUAAAGCUGACUUCAGACUA